AUGUCUCCAUACCGCCUAGUUUUUGGAAAAGCGUGUCAUCUGCCACUAGAAAUGGAGCACCUGGCAUAUUGGGCUAUGAAACAGUUAAAUAUGGACUUGAGUGCCGUCGGUGAAAAGCACCUACUGCAACUUAAUAAGUUAGAUGAAUUUAGAAUGAAAGCUUGUGAAAAUUCAAAACUCUACAAGGAACAAACCAAGAACUGGCAUGACAUACAUAUUCAGAGGCGAGAAUUCGAAGUGGGGCAGCAAGUACUAUUGUAUAAUUUGAGACGCAAGCUAUUCCCAGGAAAACUACGAUCACAGUGGUCGGGUCCUUACACUAUCACGAAAGCCCUACCAUAUGGAGCAUACAAGUUAGCCAUGAGACUAAGGGUUAUCAAUCUUUCACGUGUAUCUAAGCAUUACACACAUAAGGUGGCAUGA